GAAUUUGAGAUAUUUACUAGUCAGAAAACACCAAAACCCUCCGUUUCGUGGGUUUCCUCCAGACCUUGAGCUCCUUGUUCAAUUCACACUUUUUCUCUCCCAACUCUUCUUCCAGGUUUCCUCUGCUACUCUCAGGUUUCUCUUCUCCACUUCCCUCCAGCUUUAUCCUUUUGAUUUCGUCCUCCAUCUUACUGUAUUUACCCAAAAAUCUAAGCUUUUCUCAGUGUUCUUCCAUUUCUCUACUUUGUUUUCAUGUAAUGCUGCAAACUUCGCAAUACCCAUCUUCAAUUUCUUCAAUUCGUAAUGGGAAAAAGCAUUUUAGUUUAAUUUGGGUUUUGUGGUUCCUCACUUGUUUCAUUCUUCUAAGUCUUAAACCAUCCACUGAUUCUCAAUUUCUGAGGAUUUGAUAUCUAUUGCUGGUUAACAAUGGAGCAUAGAUGCGACUGGGUUUUGUUUAUGUUAACUUUAUGAAUGUAAAUCACACUGCUUUGUGGCUACUUUGUGGAUUUCGUGUUUUACUUUGUGGCUGAAUCAUAUAACUCUAAAUUGAGAGCUUUGGGUUUGACCAUUUAGCUUUUUAUGAACAGGUCUUGUUAGGGAAGUAAUCAGUGGAAUUGGAUUUAGUCUUUUGGUUCUGAAUUUUGUAAAGUCCUGCAGUGAUUGGUCUCAUUAUGGCAACUUACGUUUCACCGUGUUUUACUCCUUCGGAUUCUCGGUUACUAACUGUUCUUAGAAAGAAUGUUUUACCGGAGAAUCAUUUAGGCAGGUUGAACUCCAUUAGAACGAUUGACAGUAAGAAAAACCGAGUUGUUGUUGCCGCUCAGAAAUCUGAAUCUUCUCCAAUCAGAAACUCUCCACGGCAUUACCAAAGCCAAGCUCAAGAUCCUUUCUUGAACCUUCACCCGGAAAUAUCUAUGCUUAGAGGUGAAGGGACUAGUACAAUAGUCAAUCCAAGAAAGGAAACGUCUUCUGGACCUGUUGUCGAGGAUUUUGAAGAGCCAUCUGCUCCGAGUAACUACAAUGAGGCGAGGAUUAAGGUUAUUGGUGUGGGAGGUGGUGGAUCAAAUGCUGUGAAUCGUAUGAUAGAGAGUGAAAUGUCAGGUGUGGAGUUCUGGAUUGUCAACACUGAUAUCCAGGCUAUGAGAAUGUCUCCUGUUUUGCCUGAUAAUAGGUUACAAAUUGGUAAGGAGUUGACUAGGGGUUUAGGUGCUGGAGGAAAUCCAGAAAUCGGUAUGAAUGCUGCUAGAGAGAGCAAAGAAGUUAUUGAAGAAGCUCUUUAUGGCUCAGAUAUGGUCUUUGUCACAGCUGGAAUGGGCGGUGGAACUGGCACUGGUGCAGCCCCUGUAAUUGCAGGAAUUGCCAAGGCGAUGGGUAUAUUGACAGUUGGUAUUGCCACUACGCCUUUCUCGUUUGAGGGUCGAAGAAGAACUGUUCAGGCUCAAGAAGGGCUUGCAUCUCUCAGAGACAAUGUUGACACUCUCAUCGUCAUUCCAAAUGACAAGUUGCUUACAGCUGUCUCUCAGUCUACUCCGGUAACAGAAGCAUUUAAUCUAGCUGAUGAUAUACUCCGUCAGGGGGUUCGUGGGAUAUCUGAUAUCAUUACGAUUCCUGGUUUGGUGAAUGUGGAUUUUGCUGAUGUGAGAGCUAUAAUGGCAAAUGCGGGGUCUUCAUUGAUGGGAAUAGGAACUGCGACAGGAAAGAGUCGGGCAAGAGAUGCUGCGCUAAAUGCAAUCCAAUCUCCUUUGUUAGAUAUUGGGAUUGAGAGAGCCACUGGAAUUGUUUGGAACAUUACUGGCGGAAGUGACUUGACAUUGUUUGAGGUAAAUGCUGCUGCAGAAGUAAUAUAUGAUCUUGUCGAUCCAACUGCCAAUCUUAUAUUCGGUGCUGUUGUAGAUCCAGCCCUCAGCGGUCAAGUAAGCAUAACCCUGAUAGCUACGGGUUUCAAACGACAAGAAGAGGGAGAAGGACGAACAGUUCAGAUGGUACAAGCAGAUGCUGCGUCAGUUGGAGCUACAAGAAGACCCUCUUCUUCCUUUAGAGAAAGCGGUUCAGUGGAGAUCCCAGAGUUCUUGAAGAAGAAAGGCAGCUCUCGUUAUCCCCGAGUCUAAAGCCCAAUCUAAUCACUACCCUGCACACUGCAGCAAUAACAAACGUGUGUGUACUGGUAGUCUGGUACUGCCUUCUGGGAUACAGCAAGAUGUGUUGAUGUAUGAUCAAGAAUCUGUGUGGGUGUGUAUAUGUUCUGUCACUGCCUCUGGUCGUGUUCUUGAAUAGGUUGUUUUAGAAAUCGGAGUUUCUCUCUAUGUCACUUCCAAAACAAAAAAGGAGAAGAAGAAUCACACUUCUCGAACCAUAAACAUACUUAUAAGAUUAUGAGAGUUUUAGCAGAAAUUAUUGUCA